UGUUUUUCUUUAUUAACAAAAAAAUAAUUUUUUUUUAGUGUCGCGACCUUGCAAAAGAUGUGUGGCCCUUGGAAAAGUGGAUACUUGUAUUGAUAUUAAACAUAAAAAGCGCGGAAGACCAAAGUUGAAGGAUAAGAAACCUCAUCCAUACAAUACUCACGCAACUGCAGAUGCAAAGACUUGGGUUCAAAAUCCACAAUUUCUUCCUCCGACUACUACUAAUCCAAACCCAAAUCUACAUCAACAAAGCGAUCAACCUCCAAAUUCCUCUACAUUUAUUCAGACGACACAACACUCAUCUUCCAGGCAUCAUUUACAUCAUCAUAACAAUCAUAAUCGUCAACAUUCAACACCAUACAUAAAAUCACCAAAAUUCACACCUAGACAACAAGCAUAUUCACAACAAGACAAUACACCUAUUAUUACAAUGUUUUUAGCAAUUGAUAAUAUUGCUUGUGCUAGAGUUUCUGAUGAAUGUCUUGGAAUAAUGGGUUAUUAUCCGUCAGAAUUGGUUCAUAAGACUUUGUAUGAAUAUGUACAUGCUCAAGAUAGGGAAAAAUUACGAAAAAUGAUUUCAUCUUUAUUAGAUGAUGCGAAUCGAUUUCAUAAUCAAACCACUCAUCAUUAUCAAUUUUCGUCUCCUUUAUCCGAACCGGUAACAACCGAAGAUCCAGGAUUUUCACAAAUUAGUCCUGAAAUUUUACAAUUACCAGCUCAAGGAGGUCAAGUAAUUGAAAUUUCAGACGUCUUGCAUCUGAAACAAAGAAUAGGUCCAUAUGAUUUGUACGAAGUGAGAAUGUAUUUGGGUGGUGGCUUUUGCGCAGAUUUAACACGUAAAGAAACUUGGAAUAAGUUGUAUAUUGUCUCACUUUUCAAGCGUAUCAAAUCUGGAACUUCUUUUUUAAAUGAAGGGUCAAAUUACGUUCAACCAAGAAUGAAGGGAAGUUCAGUUGUUGGUGGGUUUCCGACUCAAAUCACUUCACCACCAACGACUACAAUUGAUCCCUCUUUGUUAACCAUGCAUACUCCAAUUAAUAAUAAUAAUAAUAUUGGUUCACCUAAUUCGAGUUUAGGUGGAGGAAGGUUAGGACUUUUAAGUCCCGUUUUAUCACCAAGACAAAUUCCCGAGAUCGGGCCAGCACCUUUAUAUAACGAAACAAAUCAUUCUUCACAUACUUAUUUCGGGCACAGAAAACCUCUUCACCCCUACAAUUCACAUGAUCAUUUUUCGCAAGAUCGUAAUGUUUCUGAAACAUUUUCUUCAUUUGUUUCACGCCCAAAUCCGAUUACGCCUAUCAUAUCUCGACAUGAACCUCUUGUUUCACCUCCAACUUGUUCACCUUCAGGAUCACAAUCACCGUUUUCAUUCGAAAGGCGACCAUCAGCAUUUAAUUCAGUUAGAUCUCCUAUUCCUUUUUAUAACGAAAUAGAAAACAAAUCUUUAGAUCCUCCAUCAUAUACCAAUCAGUCAAAUCGUUUUCAUAACAAUAAUGAUGAUAAUGCUACUUUUCAUUCACAUCAAAAUGAUCAUGAUGAAAUAUCUUCGGACAAUUCUCUCCCUACGUUUCGGAAUAAUGGGCGAGUAGAAGACAUGAUGAUCUCUCCUAUACCGAGAAAAGCAUCAUCACAUGUGAGUGCGGUUGGAGAUGAUUCUGCCUCAACAACAAGGAUGAGUGUAAAUUCUUUAUUAUGUAAUUAAUAUCAUAAUUUCAAAGGUUUUUUUGGGAGGUGUUAGGUUAUAUAUAAUUUGCGACGUAAUUAUGAGAAAGGGAAUUGAUAGUUUAUACUGGUGCCCUCCUCAAUUUUUUCAUGAUUCUUACUUAUACAGCAGAAUUAAAACAUGUGAUUUGAAAUUUAGGUUUUUGGAUGAGAGUUUUUAUAUAUAUAUAUAUAUUUUUUUUUACUAUUAUAUA